AUGGGCUUCAAUGUAGGGCCUAAACAGCCCUACUUUGGUUUGAAAGGUGGAUGGUUGACAUUUUGGAUCUCUGUUGCUUGUGCAACAGAUAUGACUUUGUUCGGCUAUGAUCAGGGUGUCUUUGGUGGUGUCAUUGUCACGCCAGAUUUUCUAAAGGUUCAUAACCUCGGUGGUGAUUCGAAAACCUCGCUGCUGGGCACGGUGGUUGCCAUCUAUGAUGUUGGCUGUUUCUUUGGUGCCGUCACGGCCGUCUGGCUCGGUGAGAAGCUAGGUCGAAGAAAGUCUGUCCUCGUUGGAACAACCAUCAUGAGUAUUGGCGCCAUUCUACAGAUUGCUUCGUUCAGCACGGCUCAGAUGAUCGUCGGGCGUAUUGUGGCUGGGAUUGGCAAUGGUAUCAAUACCGCCACUGCACCAGUAUGGCAAACGGAAACGUCUGCAAUCAAAUGGAGAGGCAAGCUUGUCGUCAUUGAGCUCAUCCUCAACAUUGCUGGCUUUUCACUGUCGAAUUGGGUCACCUUCGGCUUCUCUUUUCUGUCAGGGGGUGUGGCAUGGCGCUUCCCCCUUGCAUUUCAGUUCUUUUUCAUAAUUAUCCUAUUUGCCACAGUACCUUGGUUACCAGAAUCUCCCAGAUGGCUCAUUGCCCACGAUUACGAAGACGAGGCGUUCAAGAUCCUUGCUGACCUUGAGAACAAGAAAGAAGAUGACCCUUUCAUCCUCGCUCAACACAAGGAGAUUGUUUACACUGUCCAAUACGAGCGCGAAAAUGCUGUCCCUUGGUCGAAACUGCUGAUCGGAAAGACUGGGGACAAAGGCGGCACAAAAACGAUUCGCCGUCUCCUUCUCGGCGCCGGCACCCAAGCUAUGCAGCAACUGUCUGGGAUUAAUGGCAACUACUACCUCCCUACAGUACUCAUCAAAUCCGUCGGGCUGACUGAAAAGAUGGCCCGACUGCUUGCCGCCUGCAACAGCGUGUCUUAUCUGCUCUUUUCUCUUAUCGGAAUCCCUAAUGUCGAGAGGUGGGGUCGUCGAAAUAUGAUGAUCUUCGCCUCCACCGGCCAAAGUUUCUGCUACUUACUUAUAACCGUCUUGCUUCGCUACAACGAGAAGCCUGGCUACCCCCAUGCUCAGGAAGUUGCAAGUGCCAGCAUUGCGUGGUUCUUUUGCUAUUACGUCUUCUUUGGAAUUGGAAUGCAAGGAGUUCCUUGGUUAUACCCUACGGAAAUCAACUCGCUCGCAAUGAGGACGAAAGGUGCAGCCAUCGGAACAGCGACUAAUUGGAUCUUCAACUUCAUGGUGGUUGAGAUCACUCCUAUUGGUAUUCAAAAUUUGGCGUGGAAGUUCUACAUCAUCUGGACGGUUCUGAAUGCCUCAUUUGUGCCGAUUUUGUACUUUAUCUAUCCCGAAACGGCAGGUCGUUCACUGGAAGACAUUGACGACUACUAUCGCACGGAUCCACCCUUGCUGGUAUUCCGGGACAAGGACGUGACUUCGACCAAGAGGCCGGAGAAAUACAAGGUCAGAGAGGAGGAAGAGGUCAGACGGGCAUCAACGGCGGACCCAAUGGCGUUUAGACGAGCGAGCAAAGUCAGCAUCAGAGAUGCUACUGCCAUGGCCAGAAACACGCACAUGGCAGCGGCAACAGGUCGAGACGACGAGAGUUAUGAAGGAAAGACCGAAGCAGGAGAUGUUGGACAGGAACGGGUAAUUCACAAGGAGGAGGUUUAG